UACACACACACACACACACACACACACACAUCCAGAUAGACAGACAUGCAAAAGUCUUGUUUCUCACCACAGACACUUUAGUCACCCAGCAAGCACGACAGAAGACGGUCGACCUCUCAGCCAUCUGUUACCACCUCAGGAGAAGAAGUCAAAAAGCGCAGCCAUGGGGAAAGGAUGCAUCACAGUCACCAAGUACUUCCUGUUCCUCUUCAACCUCCUUUUCUUUAUCUUUGGAGCAUUGAUCAUGGGCUUUGGCCUGUGGGUCCUCUUUGAUAACCAGAGCUUCAUUGCUGUUCUACAGGAAUCAUCAGACACGGUGAAAGUGGCCUCCUACAUCCUCAUCGGAGUGGGUUCCUUGUCAAUGGCCAUGGGCUUCUUCGGCUGCAUAGGAGCCAUCUACGAAAUCCGUUGUCUGCUGGGACUGUACUUCACCUGCCUCCUGCUCAUCCUCAUCGCCCAGGUCACCGCUGGAGUUCUCAUUUACUUCCAAAGAGAUACGUUGAAAUAUGAGAUGUCCAACAUCAUAAAUGGCAUGAUAAUCAACUACACUGGCCAGAACAGGACCACAGAGCACACCUGGGACUACGUUCAGAGGACGAUGAAGUGCUGUGGAUGGACUGGUCCAGGCAACUGGUCUGAGAACAUUUGGAUUAAGAACAGCUCCCAGAACCUCUACCCAUGUUCCUGUCGCAACCAGUCCCUGCCUGGCACGGAAAUCAAGGACAUAGGCAUGUGUGACCACCUGUCCUCGGAGACACCCGUCUAUGAAACGGGCUGUGUAACCAGCGUGGAGAAAUGGCUCCUUGACAACUGUGGAGUUAUUCUGGGAAUCUGUGUUGGUGUGGCAGUCAUAGAGCUCCUUGGGAUGAUCCUCUCCAUGUGUCUGUGCAAGAGUGUCGUCCAGGAGGAUUAUACCAAAGUACCGAAGUACUGAGCUGAAGACAGAGCCAGCGUCACACCACACACAGAUGGAUGGACUCUUUUCCCCUCUCUCUCUAUCUCUCUCCUUGUCUUACAUUCUGAUGAACACACACACACAUUUAGACAGCUGUCUCCACCAUUUGAGCUUCUCCUGCCUUGACAGCUGUUCAAAUUUCUCACGCCCCAUACGUCCCACAAACACACACACACACACACACACACACACACACACACACCUCUCAAUCAAGCUUUGACACACUUGUUGGACAUAAGUCCACAAGUUACCAUUGUUGUCUUAUCAUUUUGUAUUUUUUAAGGAGACAUUAUUGAUGUUUCGGUGGAAGUCUUGAGAAUUUUGCAGGUUUGAAACUAUGCAAACGUUCAUUUAUGUGUCGUUUUGUUUUCCUUGGCUGACCUCAAUGAAACGCUUUACAUAGUUGGUAGAGAGCACUUUAGUGACAUUUGGUGAGCAGAGAGCCAGAGCAUCGUCUGGCUCUCGGGCAUGGAGAUGAGAGGGAGACGGGAGGGUGUGGGUGGGUGCGUGGUCGACGCUCUCAAGGAUUAUUACCACUUUGUGAUCCUGCAGCUGGUAUUUUUAGUGCAGAGGGAGGAGGACAGGCCAAGGGCUGUGCCAGGGCAGGGCUGCUGUGGUGGAGAUUUUAGUUUUUCUCAUCAGUUUCAUGUGCCCGGUAGGCCUGAUAUUAACCUCCGUUUACACCAACCGCUACCGCCUCCCUCCUGCUAUCCAUCAUCUGUUAGCGUCUCGAAAUCACGUCUCUGUCCUCCUCUCCGUUGUGUCUGACUGGUAACCAGUAGCUUUCCAAAAUGCUUAGUUUUGCAUGAAGUAAGUGUGUGUAUGAUGUGUUGAGUGAGUAUAUUAUUACUUAUUUUAUAUAUUCUUGUGUGAUCUCUGUUUUGUUUUUUUACAACUGUAUAUAUGACUGGUGAGGGAUUAUGGCACUUCAGUGCUUGGUCAGCGUUUUAUAUGGGAAAGCUGUCACCCACAUGCUCUUGUUUUAAGAGUCCUAUUGUUCUUGGUUUCCUCUCUAUUGUUUAUGAUGUACAGAGUGUGGCUCCCACAGCAGCUCGUCAGCACUAUUUUGGUCUGAAUCCCUGACAGUGAAUCUGUCUUCACUCUUGAAGCUAUACUUUUAUUUCCUUAGCAUAGCAUGAGUUUGUGAACAGACAACCAGUCAUAUCCCCUACCUUAAACAUCCUUAUUUAAGCUCCUCACACUUGCCAUGAACACGGCAGCUGUGCGACCACAACUUAUUCUCCCUUCUCUGUAUGAUCGUUUGUAGUCAUUUGGCCUAAUUUUUUGAUUAUCGGUAACAAGAGCAAAGAAAAAAUGUUCAUCAACUCAUGCUGUCUUUGUUGAAAAAAGAUGUUGCUUUGAGUUUCCUCAUCCCACUUCUCGUUAUCUCAGUUCAUCCACUUCAUUUUAAACCCACUAUUAUUGCCGAAUUUAUGGUUAAUUUAGUGGAUAGAUUGCACUUUUAUUCAGUUAUUUCCAAUCAUGUUCAUCCUGCAAUGACACAAGAGGGUAGGAAGUGUCCAUUUAAAAAGAAGGAAAGAAUAAACAUUUGUGUCUGUCACAAUUGCAGUCGGCCUCUAUUUUAUGACCUGCCAAAUUGAAACAUUUAAUUUAUCUUGAUGAGAAAUGAAGGCUUUUCGUGUGUGUUUGAGAUAUUUUUACACUUUUGCAAAAAAAUGAAUUGUUUUGUUUAGUAGAAUAAAUACAGUAUGCCAUGUUGAAAACAAAUGUUUCUUUUUAUUAUUUAGAAUUACUAAUAAAUCUGAACCCACUAGAA